AGGAAGGAGUACACUGAACUCUCAACACGCUUCCUGCAAACAACUCGCUGUAAAGGACCCAAACAAAGAAGACGGGUGUAAAUUUGGAUUAUUUGACCAUUUGUGAUUUUGAGAAUGUGUCAUGAUUUGGUAAAGAUGCACUGAAGAGAGAAACGAUGGAAGUGGAGGAGACUGGUGAAAAAAGGACUUCCUGGUCCGGUGUGCCAGCAGAGGGACACUCAGUCCUCUGUGAUCAUGCAGGGAAGAAGAGAAAACAAGACCCGGCCCCUGAACCUGUGAUCAGAAUCUCAGAGGACGAGGAGGGAGAGGAUGAGUGUGAAAUGACGUCCGACCUGAAGGAAUCGGAGGAGCCCAGCAAUAAGAGGGUUAAACCUGUGGCAAAGUCCAAUAGCCUGACAGGCGUCUUAAACCCUGUGAAGACCCCUGCUCUGAAGCGCAUCGGCCAGUCUAUUUCGCGGUCUAUCAGUUUUCGUACAGAAGCUCGACCUUUGCCCACAGCCCCCCUGCGUUCACGGACAAAGGCCUCCUCGUUUCCACGUCGCCGCAACAGCCAGUGUUGGAGUGACACUGUGGAAAGUCACGAUCUGACUGCAAAGGAAAUCAAACGGCAAGAGGUCAUAUACGAGCUAACCCAAGGAGAGAGACAGCUCAUAGAGGACCUCAGUUUGGUUAAGAAGGUGUACUAUGAGCCCAUGUUGAAGUUGGACAUAAUGACAGAGAGUGAGCUUGGACAGAUCUUCGGUACUCUGGACUCACUCAUCCCCCUCCAUCAAGAUCUGCUGACUCGUCUCGAGCGACUGAGAGGAUCAGAGAAAACGGUUGGAGAGGUGGGGCCAACUUUAAUGCACUGGUUUCCUUGCCUGGAGGCGUAUGUUACAUAUUGCUGUAACCAGGUGGGAGCCAAAGCUUUGCUGGACCAGAAAAAGCACGAGAAAAGAGUGGAGCACUUUCUGCGUCUGUGUCAGGAGUCCUCGUUCAGCAGGAAACUGGACCUGUGGAACUUCCUGGAUCUCCCUCGGAGCCGUUUGGUCAAGUACCCUCUGCUGUUGAAAGAGAUACAGAAGUGCACUCCGCCAGACCACCCAGAUGAAGACACGCUGCCGGAUGCUUUGGAGUUGAUCCAGAGCAUCGUGGCAGAGGUGAAUAAAAAGACGGGGGAAGCAGAGUGUCAGUUCUACAGGCGGGGCCUGUCCUACCUCGAAGAGGGCCAGAGAGUGCCAGAGAUCCAGCAGUCCCGCUUCAUCUACUGCCAUGGAGAACUCAAGAACAAUAAGGGCCAGCGGCUGCAUGUGUUCCUAUUUGAGCUGGUGUUGGUGCUGACGAGACCAGGAGAGGACAAGGACGGUGGUCAGGUGUUUAACGUGUACCGGCAGCCUCUGCCCAAUGCCUUGAUCAAUCUGGAGGAGAUCCCAGACGGCGAGGCUGCUGGAGGGGGCACCUUCAGAGGAGCCUUCACAGGGGGAAACGAUAAAGUGAAGAAUUGUUUCCGCGUGAGCAGCAGAGGGCGCGCCAAAGCUCACUCGUACAGCCUGCAGGCCAACGACUCCUUCAGCAAGCAGCAGUGGAUCACCUGUCUGCGCCAAGCCAUCGUCCAGUCACGCGACAGGACAGCCCACACCAGCCAGUCACAGUUGUCUCCUCACCACGAUCCCGCCCUGUAUCACAUAGCCGAGCUCAGCCUCAGCUCGGACACAGAAAUGGCAGACCACACCAGUCGCUGACUGUCAGACUGAGCGGCACGUGUACAUUGACUGUCUGCGAAUGAUGAAUGUGUUUAGAUAUUUUCAGCGAUAUUAAUGUUCUUUUUGUUAUUUUUUCCUGUCUGCAAUUGCAGUGAUUGCUGUAUAAAGUGAGAACAGUACUGAAUGUGAAUUGACCAAAGAAAAAAAUUUGUUUUUGAGUUUGUAUAAUUAAUAAACUGACACGUAAAAGAUU